UCUCUGUACAAUGCGUCAUUCGUGCAAGAUGGUAACGUCGUGAUUGCCGUUUUGCGAAAGAAGCGGGAUCGAGCGGGAUUUCUCUGCGAGUGUUUAUUUCCAGGAAUCGUACAAGCGACAAGCGUGCGGAUCGAUCGGCCGGUUCCACGAUCAUCACCGACUUUUGCGACUGUUUUUAGUGAUUCCCAUUUCAUAAUCGGUUUUCGCCUAUCUGCGACACCAUGUCGGAUGAGAAGAAGGAGACGAAGGCGGAAUCGGAGCACAUAAACCUGAAGGUGCUUGGCCAGGACAAUGCGGUAGUUCAAUUUAAAAUUAAGAAACACACACCUCUUCGCAAAUUGAUGAACGCAUACUGCGACCGUGUAGGUUUGGCAAUAGCAGCAGUAAGAUUUAGAUUUGAUGGACAACCUAUAAAUGAAUUAGAUACACCUACAACACUGGAAAUGGAAGAAGGAGAUACAAUAGAGGUAUAUCAACAACAAACAGGUGGUUCGUGUUGAGACAUAAUGCAUCAUGUUUACAAAUGGACUAAAUGAAAUUUACUGUUCUAGCAGUGUUUAUUUUUAUCAGAAGAUAUGAUAUAUUUUUGGUUUAUGUUUAUUCCACUCUACAAGAUUGGAGACUUUAUCUUAUCUCAUAAUGUACAAAUUAAUUCAUGCUUAAUUUAAUUUUUUCGCUUUUAUUUCUUAGAUAUUUAGAUUUGUGUUUGUUAUUUGAAAUAAUUAUUUAGUAUAUUUUUUAUUUAAAGACGCACAUUAUGCAGUUGUUUAAAGUCUUCAAUUGUCACAGCCAUUUAUUGCAAGUUUUUAUUAACGUGAUCAAAUACAAUCUGCAAUUUAUUGUUGAAAAAAUACGAGCUUAUGUUAUUGUGGAGAUAAAAAAGGAAAUCACACAUUAUUUAAAGAAUACAGUCAUCGUCAUAUAUAUUGUAAGAUCUAUUAAAUAAUCUAUUAAAAAUUUCUUUUGCACAUGAUUCCCAUGUGAAUUAAUAUUGUAACAAUUCAACUUCACUUAAUAAAUUCUCAUUUUUUUUAGAUAUUCUCUUUUUAUAUUUAUAAAAAGUGUACAGAACAAAUUUUAUAGAUUAGAAUAUGUACAUUUUUAUUUUGAUGUAUGAAUAAAAACUUCAUUCUCA